AUGUGCGACUUUGUAUUAUCAAGAUUGUCAAUACUUCAAACCGGAAGACCCCACCUUCAUUACCCGAAAUUACCAUUGCGGGAAGUUGUUAAACAUCCAUCGUAUCCCAAUCUCGAAGAACCGAGAUUAGAAUUAUCAAGAUUGUCAAUACUUCAAACCGGAAGACCCCACCUUCAUUACCCGAAAUUACCAUUGCGGGAAGUUGUUAAACAUCCAUCGUAUCCCAAUCUCGAAGAACCGAGAUUAGAACCUCUGAUAACAAAGUUACCUGUGCGGACUGUCAUGCGUAAGAUUUACCCAGUGUCACUUUCAAACCACUCAAAAAAGGGCAUAUUCCCUAAAGAUCCUGCAUAUCCCGCUUAUAAGCUGCCGAGUGAGACUCGACCUACAAAGCCGUUGAGGCUCAGAGUCAUCUGA